UGUGUGUGUGUGUGUGGAGGGGGUGCCUCCUCGCGAUGCGUUGCCUGGCGCUGCUCGGCUUCUUCGCCUGGGGUUUCGGCAGCUUGGCUGGGCCCAGCGGAGGCGCUUCCCCUCCUCCCUGCCCGGCUUCCUGCAGCUGCGAUGGGGACGGGGGAGUCGACUGCUCCGGGAGAGGGCUGACGGCCGUGCCCGAGGGACUCAGCGCCUUCACCCACUCGCUGGAUAUCAGCAUGAACAACAUAACAAGGCUACCAGAGGAUGCUUUCAAAAAUUUCCCUUUCCUUGAAGAGCUACGGCUGGCUGGCAAUGACCUUGCUUUUAUUCAUCCAAAGGCCUUGUCUGGGUUGAAGGAACUCAAAGUUCUCUCUUUGCAGAACAACCAGUUGAAAACGGUUCCUAAUGAGGCCAUCAGGGGACUCCGUGGACUGCAGUCCUUGCGCUUAGAUGCUAACCACAUCACUGCAGUGCCAGAAGACAGUUUUGAGGGCCUGGUACAACUGCGUCACCUGUGGCUAGAUGACAACAACUUGACGGACGUCCCUGCUGGUCCACUCAGCAAUCUUCCAUCACUGCAGGCCUUAACCUUGGCUCUCAACAAAAUAACCAACAUCCCAGACUUUGCAUUUACAAACCUCUCCAGCCUUGUUGUCUUGCAUCUCCAUAACAAUAAAAUAAAAACAUUGGGACAUCAUUGUUUUGAUGGAUUAAACAAUCUAGAAACUUUGGAUUUAAAUUAUAACAACAUGGUUGAAUUCCCUGAAGCAGUUAAAGCACUUCCGAGCCUAAAAGAAUUGGGAUUUCACAGCAAUUCCAUUUCCAUGAUUCCUGAUAAUGCAUUUGUGGGAAAUCCACUCUUAAAAACAAUACAGCUGUUCGAUAAUCCUUUGUCCUUUGUUGGGAAUUCAGCAUUUCAAAACUUAUCAGAUUUGCAUUCCCUGGUCAUUCGUGGAGCCAGCAUGGUACAGUGGUUUCCUAAUUUAACAGGAACUACCAAUCUGGAAAGUCUGACUUUUACAGGCACCAAAAUAAGCAGUGUGCCAACUGAUCUGUGUCAAGAGCAAAAAGUACUUCGAACAUUGGAUUUGUCUUACAACAAUAUAAAAGAGCUUCCAAGUUUUAAAGGCUGCAGUUCCCUGGAAGAAAUAUCAUUACAGCAUAAUCAAAUUGAGGAAAUUAGAGAAGAUAUAUUCCAGGGACUGACUUCUCUACGUACUCUUGAUCUCAGCAGAAAUGUGAUCCGCCAGGUUUACAAGGAGGCAUUUACUACGCUCAGUGCUCUUACCAACCUAGAUUUAAGCUUCAAUGCUUUGACUUCAUUUCCAACUGGGGGCCUAAGCAGGUUAAACCAGCUGAAACUAGUGGGCAAUACUGAACUGAAAGAUGCCCUCUCAGAAAAGGACUUCGUAAAACUCAGAUCUCUGUCCGUUCCAUAUGCCUACCAGUGUUGUGCUUUCUGGGGUUGCAACUCUUACUUAAACUCUAACACUGAAGAUGCAAACCAUGAUGAUCGAAGUCAGUCAGUUGCCCAUGAUGGAGUUGCACGCGAUGCAGAUGAUAUAAACAGUGAUGAAAACGAAGAACUUGGUCAAAUGAUAAUUCACUGUACCCCCACAACAGGUGCCUUCAAGCCCUGUGAAUACUUACUGGGAAGCUGGAUGAUUCGUCUUACAGUUUGGUUUAUUUUUUUGGUUGCCUUGUUCUUCAACAUGCUUGUCAUAUUAACCAUUUUUCCUUCCUGUACUUCACUGCCUCCAUCCAAACUAUUCAUAGGCUUGAUUUCUGUAUCUAACUUACUUAUGGGGAUCUAUACUGGCAUAUUAACAUUUCUGGAUGCAGUCUCUUGGGGUAGGUUUGCUGAAUAUGGGAUCUGGUGGGAGACAGGCAGUGGCUGCAAAGUUGCUGGGUUUCUAGCCAUAUUCUCCUCAGAAAGUGCCAUUCUUUUCCUCAUGUUAGCUGCCAUUGAGCGGAGCUUAUUGGCAAAGGAGAUAAUUAAAAAAGGUAAAAACAAUAAUCAAAAGCCAUUUCGAAUUGCAGCCCUUUUGGCUUUCCUAUGUGCACUGGUAGCAGGUUGUUUGCCACUUUUUCAUACAGGAGAAUAUUCAGCAUCCCCUCUUUGUCUGCCCUUUCCCACUGGAGAAACUCCUUCCUUGGGCUUUACAGUUACAUUAGUGCUCCUAAACUCAUUAGCUUUUUUGCUAAUGGCUGUUAUUUAUACAAAACUUUACUGCAACUUGGAAAAGGAAGAUCUCUCUGAGAACACUCAAGCCAGCAUGAUUAAACAUGUUGCUUGGCUUAUCUUCACCAACUGCAUCUUUUUUUGCCCUGUGGCAUUUUUCUCCUUUGCCCCUCUCAUCACAGCCAUCUCUAUUAGCCCUGAAAUCAUGAAGUCUGUCACUCUGAUAUUUUUCCCACUGCCCGCUUGUUUGAAUCCUGUCUUGUAUGUGUUCUUCAACCCCAAAUUCAAGGAAGAUUGGAAUUUACUCAAAUGGCACAUCACCAAGAAGAAUGGGACCGGAACAGUUGCUGUCAAUGUACAAGGUGGCUGUGGGACGCAGGAUUUCUACUAUGACUGUGGCAUGUACACACAUCUGCAGGGCAACCUAACCAUGUGUGAAUGCUGUGAAUCAUUACUCGUAUCUAAGCCUGUACCAUGCAAACACUUAAUCAAGUCCCACAGUUGUCCUGCUCUGACAGUAGUGCCUUGCCAGAGGCCAGAUGGCUACUGGUCGGACUGUGGUACCCAAUCUGCCCAUUCUGAUUAUGCUGAUGAAGAAGAUUCUUUUGUGUCAGACAGUUCAGAUCAAGUACAGGCGUGUGGACGUGCUUGUUUCUACCAGAGCAGAGGUUUCCCAUUGGUCCGUUAUGCCUACAACAUCCCAAGGAUUAAAGAUUGAAGGACUUUGCUGCAAACCCAGUGCUAAAAACGACAAAGUACAUCUUGUCUUUUUCAGCUCUUCACCGGAAGCACUUUUAUAAGCAUCAUUUGAUGUUAGCUAUAAACAAGGGAUUUAAGCAGUAAAUGUCUUGAGCUAUAAAUUUAAAAUAAGAGCUGUUGCUCUUAAUGUAUAUAAUUGGAAACAAAAAAUUUAUAAUCCAUUUUUGUACUCUUUCCCAAGCAAUUAUAUAUUGUGUUUAUAUUCUGCUAUUUUCCAGGGUGUUACCCAGUUUUAACUUAAUGCUUCUGUUGUAAUGUGAAUCUUGUCAGCUUUUUCUCUCAAGCACAAUACAACAGAAAGUGAUAACUAAGGAAGGCAGGGUGGGGGAGACUGUUGCUAACUUUUGUAUAGCAUUUCUGACUGAAUCUCAGGACAAUUUACUGCAGGGCCAAAAUACGGAAGUAUUCUUCCCAUAUGCAACUGUGAGACAAACAAACAAAACAUGUUGUUUUCAUAAUUCAAGUUGUGGCUUAAUUUGUCUGGAAUAAGGCAAUGAAUUUCAGUAUGAUAUACUACUUAUAUCACAUAAUGAAUUCUCAGUGUGUCAGUGUAGAAGGUUUUAUCCCUGGAGUACUGCUUGAUAGCAGUUAAGAAUGUAGGGAAUUUGUAUGUUAGCGAAACAAAUGUUUGCCAAUCUCAUGUUGUGUUAUUCUGUGAUCCCAAUGUGAAUUAUGUUUUUCCCUUGAUCUCUGGACUCAUGCUGGAUUUUUGCCAUUGCUACGAUUCUGAAACCCUGAUGUGCAUAUGGAACUCCAUUCAAAUGGGAGUUCACUUGUUUUAAUCUACAAACCAGAGAUUAUGCAUGCUUACUGUGGGUUACCUAAUGAAUUCCCACAGCAAUUUGGCAUAGAAGAAAACACGAUACACACCACCCAAAGGCAGAACUUUAUGUGUUUAUUGGAGAGGCUCUAGGUGUGUUUUUUUUCCAGUUGAGUCAAAAAUGUCUUAAUGAUAGCAGGAACAGUCAUGUAAGUCUGUCCCAUGCGACACCGUUGAUAGCCACUGAGACAUAAAAUGAGCAUAUUCUUCAGGAAACAAAAUCUCAUUUGGGAUGAAACCAUGGUACAUAGUAUUCUGCAAUGCAUAUUAGAGGUCUAAAAGUGUCAUGUUUAUUUGGAUCAAGAAGACUGGAAUGUUCACAAGCCCAGAAAUAAAAUGUGUAAGGUGCCCUACACUAUGAGAACUUCUGCGUUGCUUCAGUUUUAUAAUAACGUGAACAUGGGCUAUAAGAAAAGAGAAGACAACGUGAACUGGUACAUCUUCAGGCUCUGGUGGUGUCUUAGUCACACAGAAUGGUCCCCUUUUGCCCUUAAUUCUGAGCAGGAUAAAUUAUGAGUUCAUGAUCAAACUAUAUCUUAUAAUUUUUCCAGCCAAUAUUACGUUGAUAGCGAUUCCAUUGCCAUAACAUAAAUUCUGGCAUAAUUUUUGCCAAACAAUUUAAGAUAGACUACAGUUAAGAAAAUUAGAUUGUAUAUAGUGUGUAUAAAAUAUAUUUUUCUCUGUAUUGUAAAUUAUUUGAUAAAAUUAAAAAAACAAGGUGGGAAGUAUGGCUUCACUGCAUUUUGUUAAUUAAAGCUACCUCCUGAAAUAUAGCAGCUGCCAGUAGCGGAAUGUUUAAAUUGCAGUUUAUAUACUUUUUUGCAUUGUAAAUAAACAUUGGUUGUACAUUGUUGUUUAAUACUAGAAGCUUUGUAUAUCCAAAUUAUUUAGUUGUACAAAAUAUGAGAUGUUAUCAUUCUUGUAUACUGUAAUUUUUGUAAGUCUAGAUUAAUUCAUAGUAAAAUCAAAGAAAACGAAGAGCAAAAGAGAGGUAUUCCUAUUCCACAGUGUCAUGUUCUUAUAUAUAGACCUGUAAAACUGAACUUAAAUGCAAUAAGACUGCUUCUCUUAGAAAUAUUUGAUGUUUGCAGUGUGCACGGCAGUGUUAGCUUUCUGCUGUGGCUAUAUAGUUGAAAACAAAACUGAUCCAUGUGAAAUGUGCUUCAUGUGUGAAAAGAAUCAAGUGUAAUAACAGUAAUAACUGUUUAGAGACAUUGAUAGCUACCCAGAGUGCUGUAUGUUCCGAGAUGCACACAGUUGUGGGGUUUUGUUUUGUUUUGUUUGUUUUGCUUUCUUGUUGUUCAGUUAUGAAUGUGAGGUAGUGUCAUGUCUUUUUUUUCUGGGUUUUUCUUUCUGUGUUGGAGGGAAUGAGGAAGCCUGUCAAGAACAGUAGCUUCAUGGGCAUGUUGUAUCCUCUCUACUUCAAGAAAUCCUUACUUUGGGUUAUAGUACGAAACAUACGUUUUUUAUAUAUUUAUUCAGUAUGUAUGGCCACAGUGCAACAAAGGUUCCCUUUGUGGCCCACAAAACAUGUAAAUCUAACAGAACGUGCAAAACAUAGAUCUCAAGCGGACCAAACCAUAUGAUGUGGGUUAUUUAAGAACUGAGGUAGGUCUUCACUAGGUAUCAAAUAAAAUAAAAAAUUCACAGCUUUUAUUGGAUGUUGGUAAAGUUUAUGAAGAGAGCACUGUAGCAAAAAAAGAAAUUUUAGUUCUAACCAUGAACUUAAAUUUAAAAUCCACUCAGCAACACUUGCACAUGGACACAAUCUUUAGAAAAACAUGCAUUUUUUUUGAAAAGGUAUUGCCCGUAGACACAGCACACAUCAAGGAAGCUGGAAAGUACCUUUGUGUAAUUUCUGAGGUAUGGUUUUUGAACAAACUUCCUUUGGGUCAAUUUGGUUUUCAUGUGAAAUGAAUUUCUUCAUCAGUAUUGUUUGCAAGCUGCAGGUAGGUGCAGGUAGUGUUGAGCUCAUAGUUCAAAAGAAUAUGCUAAAUGUUCAUUAAAUGUACAAAAUAUCUGGGUAAAACAAAGAUUUGUACAGAUGACUGUGGUGCUCACACACCUCUAAACCUGUGUGCCAUCAGCAAAAUAACAGCUGCCACAAAAUUCCUGUAUUAAAUUUGAAAUUGCUCUAUCA